AUGGGCAAUCACUGCUCCCCUUGUUGUCGAAAAUCGCACAAAUCUUUGCGCGAAGAUGGUACGUCUAAUUAUGGGUCCGCGUCAAAUCAUGCCGAGUUCGGUCCUCCAAAGUCCUCUGGAUACUUCCCAAACAUACCGAAAGAUCCGCGAACGGGUUAUCCCCACGGACCAGGAGGCCCGGUGGGAGUUAACGGCGAACUACGUCAUUAUCAAGGUCACUUGGAUUCCCAUUUAAGACGAUCCAGUGAUCGUUCUGAUCCAGCGGCCAUGGUAUCCGGUAUGGGAGAUGGACGUUCGAGACGCUAUCGGCUGGUGGGACAUUCGUCCGGUGCAGCAAUAAAUACCACUGGUACCGGGACUCAAAGUCGUUAUGUCAUUGUAACAGAACCUUCAGAUUAUAUGCUAUCCUCAUUGUACACGCAAUCAAGCACAUCCAAUCUACAGCACAUUUCNCCCGGAUUUCUCUCCCCCCAUUGA